UGGGCAGAAGGCGCACGAGUAGGGACGUAGGGAGAUGUGUGAAUAUGAGACUGGAUGGAUGAGGAGCCGCCAGAGAAGAGAUGAGGAAGAGAGGAGGGAGGUAGAGGAUGGAGGGAAGGGGGUCCACUUCCAUGGAAACGGGCUAAUUGCCGAGGAAACGGCCUGGGAUGGGGGUCGCGCAAGCUGCUCGCGCCGCCGGUUUGAACCGGCUUCGCCUCUCCCAUGCGGGGUUCGCGUGGCCGCAGCGCCUAGCGACCUAGACGGCGACCAAUGGCGCCGCAGUUCCUGUGCCGCUGGGCCAAUGAGCGAGCCGUGGGCGGGUCGUUCCAGAGCUCGGUGCGCUGAUCUUGUGGUUGAAGGAACAGCUCCGGGAAAGGGUCUCGAGAGCGGGUGGGAGGGUGCCUGUCAGGGUCUCCGAGAGUGGCAGCCCUCAGGUGGCUGCAGAGCCGAAGCCGGGCCGCCGCGCCGCGCCAUGGCGCCCACCCUGGCCACUGCCCAUCGGCGGCGCUGGUGGAUGGCCUGCACGGCCGUGUUGGAAAACCUCCUCUUCUCGGCAGUCCUCCUGGGCUGGGGCUCGCUGCUCAUCAUGCUCAAGUCGGAAGGCUUUUACUCCCACCUGUGUACUGAGCCAGAGAAUGUCACCAACGGCACAGUCGGGGGCACAGCAGAGCUGGAGCACGAGAUGGUGAGCUGGAUGAAUGGCUGGCUCAGCUGCAAGGCCCAGGACGAGAUGCUCAACUUGGCCUUCACUGUGGGCUCCUUCCUGCUCAGUGCCAUCACUCUGCCCCUGGGCAUCGUCAUGGACAAGUACGGCCCAAGGAAGCUCAGGCUGCUGGGCAGUGCCUGCUUUGCUGUCUCCUGCUUGCUGAUUGCAUAUGGAGCAAGUAACCCAAAAUCUCUCUCUGUGCUCAUCUUCAUCUCCCUGGCUCUGAAUGGCUUUGGUGGGAUGUGCAUGACUUUCACCUCAUUAACUCUGCCCAACAUGUUCGGUGACCUUCGGUCCACGUUUAUUGCCUUGAUGAUUGGAUCCUACGCCUCUUCUGCAGUCACCUUCCCGGGAAUGAAGGUCAUCUACGACUUCGGUGUUUCCUUCAUCAUCAUCCUCGUGGUCUGGGCCGGCUGCUCUGGGCUGGUUUUCCUCAACUGCUUCUUUAAUUGGCCUCUGGAGCCCUUCCCGGGGCCAGAGGACAUGGACUACUCGGUAAAGAUCAAGUUCAGCUGGCUGGGCUUUGACCACAAGAUCACCGGGAAGCAGUUCUACAAGCAGGUGACCACGGUGGGGCGCCGCCUCAGCGUGGGCAGCUCCAUGAGGAACGCGAAGGAGCAAGCAGCGCUGCAGGAGGGCCACAAGCUGUGCCUGUCCACUGUCGACCUGGAGGUGAAGUGCCAGCCAGACACUACAGCAGCCCCCUCGUUCAUGCAAAGCGUGUUCAGCCCCAUCUUGCUGCUCAGCCUAGUCACCAUGUGCGUCACGCAGCUGCGGCUCAUCUUCUACAUGGGUGCCAUGAACAACAUCCUCAAGUUCCUGGUCAGCGGCGACCAGGACAUAGUUGGCCUCUACACCUCCAUCUUCGGUGUGCUCCAGCUGCUCUGCCUGCUGACAGCCCCUGUCAUCGGCUACGUCAUGGACUGGAGGCUAAAGGAGUGUGAAGAUGCCUCUGAGGAGCCUGAGGAGAAAGAUGCCAACCAAGGCGAGAAGAAGAAGAAGAAGCGGGACCGGCAGAUCCAGAAGAUCACCAAUGCCGUGCGGGCCUUCGCCUUCACAAACCUGCUGCUCGUGGGCUUUGGGGUGACCUGCCUCAUUCCCAACCUGCCUCUCCAGAUCCUCUCCUUCAUCUUACACACGAUUGUACGAGGAUUCAUCCACUCUGCCGUCGGGGGCCUGUACGCUGCCGUGUACCCCUCCACCCAGUUUGGCAGCCUCACAGGACUGCAGUCUCUGAUCAGUGCACUCUUCGCUCUGCUGCAGCAGCCUCUGUUUCUGGCCAUGAUGGGUCCCCUCCAAGGAGACCCUCUAUGGGUGAAUGUGGGGCUGCUGGGCCUGAGCUUGCUGGGGUUCUGUCUGCCCCUCUACCUCAUCUGCUACCGGCGCCAGCUGGAGAGGCAGCUGCAACAGAAGAGGGACGAUGACAAGCUUUUCCUCAAGCUCAACGGCUCAUCCAACCGCGAGGCUUUCGUGUAGCGCCCACCACCUCAGAACUGUGGCCUCCUGCCCUCGCUUCAGUGACUCACCGAUGUCCUCCUCCCCACCCCAGAGGACCCCCAUGCACCCUCAGGAUCCUCGCCCUCACCAUGUUGGAGUCCAUGCUCCCUGCCAGGGCCGUAGUCCUGCCUCGGAGCUCUGCAGUAGAAGGAUGGGAGAGGGCCCAGACCAGAUGGGCAGUUUUCCUAUACUGGAAGCAGGGGCUGCCCUGGGCUUUGCUCUGCCACCCUCGGGGGCCCUGGGGCCUUGAGGCUCCAUGGUGCCUGCAGGAGGAAUCAGGAGGACCCCCAGCAGGCAGGCUCUCUUCCUCAAGUGUCUGGAUUCUGCCUCUUGCCAAAGCAGAGGGGUCUGUCAUCCACUGCCCACCACCUGCGCCUCGGCUGCAUGCCCACUGACCACGCCUGCCUGAGGACAAAGGCUUGCACUGUCUGCACCCCCCCUCGCCUGGCCCCUCACCUCCUCCCCUGGCUAGUCUGAGGCUGCCUGAGGAAGGAAGGACCCGCUUCCUGUUGUUGGUGCUAACUCCUUUGUAAUUCCAGCCCCCCAUCGCCUGUCCAUGGCCUGUCCUCCUGUUACAGGCCUGCGGAGAAGCCCCCCUGGCUUAAAGCUUGGGGAGGGGAUAGAGGGCUGGAUGGUCACACAGGGAGCCAUGGACAAGGCUGAUCAGCAGUCCCCUCAUCUCCUCUCUCAGGGCCUAAGUGGGGAGCAGGUUUCCACUGCCACCCUCCGUCCAGUCAGUGACCUGAAGGGAAUUAAAGGGGCACCAAUAGGGCAGCCCCCCCCACAGCUGUUUUUGUCGGGGUGUAAGUGAGGCUGUGGCUGACAGACAUCGAGGUCCAGGCCUGGGUAGGGAGGUGGAUUUGUGAGGGGCUUAGGGGUGUGUGUACAUGUGAUAUGUGUGAGGCGUGUGUGGGGUGGUGGUAGGUAUGGGCUCCAGGUGUCUGACCUUGUGCUCCUGGAGCUGCUCAGGAGCCAGCCAGGCCUGCAGCAGGCCCAGCGCCCGGCGCCAGACCCGCUCAGCCUGGAGCUUGUCUGAGGCUGUGGAGUCACAGUGCCCCCUGCUGGCAGACUCCUCUGCAGCCCUCGAGCUGUUUAAGUGGGAGAGGCCACCCUUUCUCUGCCAGGCCGGCCUGGCUUACCAACCUACCCACCUUCACUGUCCCCAGAAAUGUGUUUGAGACUUCCUGGGAGCGCUGAGAGGGGUGGGUUGAUUUUUAGGUUUAUAGUUUUGUUUUUUUCCUUUUAAGUUUUAUCAGACUCCUUUUUAUAAAGCAAUAAAUCCUUUUUCCUCCUGGUAAGGGAUCCCCUGCUAGCAUAUCAGUUAAUGGCUACAGGUGCCUGUUUUGAGCUUGAGAAGAAAAGGCAAGACAAGACUUCCUGCCGCUGUCCAUCCCCCAUUGUACCCAGCCGCUCACUGUCUCUCUGAGUGAUUGCCCUCCUGGGAGGGGCAGUGGGCCAGGAAAAGACCUCCCCCAGCUCACCUCCAAACAGACUGGGCUUGUGCAGACAUGCUAAAAGCGUGGGCCACCCCCUCCUCUGCUACUUAUCCCAGCAAACAGGCUAGUCUUGACCCCUGUCAUCCCCUACUCAGAUUUCCCGUCACAGGGCAACUACCCUGAGGGUUGCUCCUGAGCGGGGACACUGGCUGACCUCAGGAGAGUCUCGGCCUCAAAGAGACCGAGGCAGAAUGUGGUGGGGGGACGCACGGAGAACAGGGAGGGGCAGACCCAGGCUCAAAUUCAAGCUCUGCAGUAGCAGUUGAGCACCUUGCACACAUCUCACCAUCCCAGGCUUCGGUCCACUCAAACAUUAAAAACAAAAAACACUUAAGACAAACUUUAAAAGGAGAGAGAACUAGAUCAGUUCCUAAGCCAUUCCUCAGAACACUAGUCCUGUGAGACGUUAACGGUUAUUCUAACUUAUGAAAAAAGUUUUAUAGUCAAGUUUGGGAAAUGCUGAGUUAAAGUCAAGCAGGUUUCUUUACAGCAAGUGCUUUCGGCAUGCUUGCGGGCUUUGUGGCUCUCCAGGAGGAAGUGUGGCAUGCUCUGCAGGAUGGUUUUAACCAUCAGAGCCAUCCUCCCCGUGUGGCCCGGGGAGCACCUGCAGCAGGAGCUCCUGGGCUGCUUGUUAAAAAUGUAGACUUUGGGUCUUGCCUUGGACCCAGAGGGAAAUAAAUGUCUACAUUUUGCUAAGCGUUCCCCUGGUGACUCUGGUGCCUCUCCCCGCAAAGUCUGAGACCUAAUGAUGAAGAGGAGUGUGGUUUGGGGAAAUGCUGAUUAGCAAGGAGAGCCCUUCCAUCUGGGAAAACAUUGGGGUUGUACAGGCACAGCCUGUGCUAUCUCCAGCUGCGCUCAGGCCCAGCCAGAGUGGGAGUUGCUGCCUCCCUCCCACCCACUGGCAGGGUGUGGGCACUUGGUGGGAAGAAGAAGGCCUUGAGAAACCAGAGUGCAGGGUGGAAAACAGUCUAGGGCCAACUGUGCGUGGGGAUUAGAGGCACAAAAAUGGGAGCAGGGAACCAGAUGCAUCAGGUACCACCUGCACUCCCUCCCCUUGACAAGGGCCAGUCAUUCUCAUCUGACUGUACAGAGUUGAUGGGUUACGUAUUUUCCUAUUAUCUUUAUUGAGUCAUGAUAACAAUCCAGGAGUUAAAUAGAUACUAUCAUCCUUAUUUUACAGCUGGAAAAACUGAGGCCUAGAGAGGUGGAAUGACUUGCUUAAGGUUAGAGCCAGGACUCAUAUAUGGUUCUUAAGUCAUUGGAGCAGCCAGCAGGGCCUCUUGACCAGGACAUUCCACUAGGAGCGGCAGCCCCGGGGGCCACCAGGCCUUGGAAGCAGGGCGGCAACGGCCUGGGAAGGGCAGCAAACCCAGGCAUGGUCUGCAUUUCUUGGAGCCAAGAGCUUCCUCGGAGAGUGGGGUGAGCUCUACUCAGAGUCAUCUUGGCCCCGGAGGCUGGUGAAGUCUGGCGACCCCACCCCUCGAGGAGGAGUGCCCUGGGGUAGAGAAGGGACCACGGGCUGAUCAAAGGCAGUGGGCAUCAGGAGGCCAGGGCCCUCCAUCUUCCCCCUUGUCCUCCAGGCUCCUGGUGGGAAGGAACAGGAAGUGGUGAGGCCCCAAGGUUCCUAUCAGAGUGACGAAGGGGGCGGGCCAGCCUCAGGAGCGAUGCCAGGAGCCUGUCUUGAUCCCCCUGGACUCAGGUCUAGGCCUGCCUUUGUGGUUGGCUUCCUCCAAAGCCCCCUGGCUCCUGCCUGCAGCUCCCAUACCUGGAAAGCUUCCGACCCUCCUGCAGGCCACAGGGAUGGUUGCAGGCCCUUGUGGCUUCAUUUCUGUUUUGUUCCAUCUCCUUUCCCAUCUUGUACCCAGUAUCAGCCUGGUCAAAAGGACUUCUGCUCCAGCCCUCCUGUCAUGGCCCUCAGCUGUGCGGUCUGAGGAGGGCAUCACACUGCCCUGCACCCCAAGGACACUGAAAAUGGGGGGACAGUCAGUACCGGGGGUACGUGUGCAGGACUGUCCCAGACAGCAGCACCAACACAUUCAUCCCAGUGGAGCUUUGGAUGCACUUCGAGGUCAAUUUGUGGCUCUUGGGGCAGUGAGGUACAUGAUCUGUUCCAGUUACCAGAGGCCCAACUCAAGGGUGGUAGCCCAUUUCCCCCAAAGAGAGAUCAUGGGAGUAGGAGGAUAAGGAGCCCAGGACCCCCAAAGUGAGGGGGUUGGUUUUCCACAGGCUGCAGCCCUCCUGUGGGGUGGGGGUCAGGGCGAGCAGGCGGGCUCUGUGGGCCUGUCCCCUCCACAUCCUGACUCACCCCACACCCUGGGCUGAGUAUGGAGCUCCCUGAGUGUCAUGAAGGAGGUGCACCAUCCUCCAUGUGGGUGGCCUGCCAGCGUGGAGCCACCCUUUGUGCCCCUUGGUUUCUGCAGCGAAUGUGUCCAGCUCUGAAGUUAGUCAUUCUCAGCCUCCUGGGCAGAUUUGAGACUGAACUGGGGCCCCUGGCAGCUCCUGGCUCCCCAACCCUUCCCAGAGUGAGGCUCCAUCUCCUUGUGCCGAGGAAGCAAUGACGGGAAGAGCAGAGGUGAGAGGCCCCAUCACAUACCAUCUUGGUGACCUUGGACAGGUCGUGAGCCUCAGUUUCCUCAUCUGUAAAAUGGAGGUAAUACCCUUACUGUGGAGCUAGGUGACCAUGGACCUAAAGCACUCGAACAGUAGUAGACCUGGCACCUCAUAGGCACUUAACACAUGAUAGCAUCAUUCUGACCCUGGCGGAGAGCAGAUAACACAGGGAACAGGACCACGCCCCCCCACUCCAUAUCAUAGGACAUGUACUUUAGGCAGCUCUGACUGGGACAGACUCAUGGCUAAGUAAGGAAGUGAGGCCUGUUUGUGCUGACUCCUACCCCUCUCAGAACCCCUCUCUAAGCCAUGCCUUAAGAAGUUGCCCCCUUGUUCACUUUUCUUUUGUCUUUCACAUUUUGCUAAGAGACUUGGCCAAAAAGCUUCUCAAGAUAAUCUCUAAGCAGUGGGUGUUCAGGCACUCUGGCCAGUCCUGCUGUGUGGGAUGACCCAGAUUAUGGCAUGCAGGCACCUCCGCACCACCUCAUAAAACCGCUUGGCUGUGCCUCUGUGUGUUUGUGUGUGUGCGCGCGUGUGUUGAAGUCUGAGAUGUGUCCCUGGCAUGUCAGGUGUGAACACGUUUAGAGGAGUGUGUAGGAGCUCAUCUGUGUGCCUCUACCCGGAUGGAGGAGACACAGAGGGGCUUGCCUCGCUGAAUCCCUUUCCAUUGCUGGAAAGGCCUAGGCAGGCCCUGUCCUAGGACCCAGCCCAGAUCCUCACAGUGGGGGCCUGAAGGGUCCAUCUGUUCCCUGUGUUAACCAGGGUCAAUGCAGUGUCACUGACAACUCAGUAGCUGACCCUGACUCUUCCUGCCCCUUUGCUGUAUGUAGCACCUGGCUUACUUCCUGGCACACAGUAAGCACUCAAUAAAUGUAUGCUGAGAAUGACUAAGAA